GAGAAAGUGAAUUCACAGAAGUAAACGUAUUUAAUUUUCCCGGCCUUCGAGCAACCCCACCCUCACUUCUCCUCUCAAACCCUAAACUAACAAAAUUUAGCAGAUGCGAUCAAUCCAAAAACCCUAGAUUCCUCCCCACAACGCCCAGAUCCACCUCCAGCCCACUUCUGCUAUGGCUUCACCCUCCCUUUCCACCUACCUCACUACCCUUUCAUUGAUCGUUUUCUUCUUCAGGACAUUAUCUGCCGUCCCCAUUCCCUCUUUUUCCUUCAACAGUUUCGGAAAAGAUCCGAGUUUUGAGUCCGAUUUUGCUCUGUACGGUGAUGCCAAGGUCGUUAAUGGCGGCUCUUCGGUCCAGCUCUCGGGCCCAGCGAGUUCAAGCGCCGGACGCUUCGUUUACAAGAGACCCGUCAGGGUCGUUGAAGGAAACCCCAGAAACUCGGUUUCUUUUUCCACGUAUUUCUCCUUCUCGAUGUCGCCUGGAAAUGGCGGCGGUUUGGCUUUUGCUGUGUUCCCAAGUGGGUUUCCUUUGAACGUGCUUAACGGUAGUUCUUUUGGGCUCUCACAUGGGUUGAAGGAGACAGCAAUUAGGGUUUUUGCCGUUGAAUUUGACACGCCGAGGGAUGCUCAACAUGGUUAUUCAAAUGGGAACCAUGUGGGGGUUGAUGUAGCUAAUCUCGUAUCAGUUACAGUGAGCAAUGUGUCCUCGAUCGAUUUGGUAUUGAACAAUGGGGAGAGAUUGAAUUGUUGGAUCGACUACGAGGCAGGGUCGAAGCGAUUAGAGGUAAGAUUGAGUAAAUUUGGGGAUAUCAGGCCCGUAAGUCCCUUCAUCUCUCACCCAAUUGACCUGUCAGAAAUGUGGAAUGAGGAUGAGGUGUUUGUGGGGUUCAGUUCUUCAAGUGGGAACUCGUCUCAGACGUGUGUAGUCUAUUCAUGGAGUUUUAAUACAAGGCCUGUUCCACAUUGGAUGCAUUCACAGCCAUUAGAUCCGAAAACUUUGAAAGAGGACAUGAGGCCUCAGACAGUUCACGAGAAGAGGGCUUGUCUUUUGAGGGUCCUUGCUGCCCUUAUUUUUGGCACUGGGUGUGGGGCAUUAGGAGCUUUUAUUGCCUUGUUCUUGUGCACCAUAUUUGGGAAUAGGCGUCCGGUGGUGCCGGUGCCGGAGGAGUUUGUCAUGCGCCCCGUGGAAUUCGAGUACAAGAAGGUCAAUGUAAUUGUAGAUAAAUCCAUCCAAAAUGGAGGGAAGUAGACGUUUGAGGUGGGAGUUGUGUUGGAGGCUUUGUGUUGUAAAUUCACGGUCUUUUUGUUUUGUUCUUGUAUUCUUAUGGUUGUAUUGUGUGGUUGUAAUUCCAUUAUCAAUCAGCAAAUGUACCUUAUGUUACAUAUUUCCUGAUGGUAAGGGGCUUUCAACAACAGCUUGCGGAUGUUUUCAGAUUAAUUCUCAAAAAACUGAUCACAGUUUUGCAA